ACGAAGCCUUCGCCUACAUUGCUGCUCUCUGCACCAGCCUCCAUCAUCAACCCCCAUACCCUCCUCCGCCACCCCGCCCCUCUGUGAUGUCGUCCAAAACCAUAGCCUUCGUCAACGAUCGAUAAAGUCGCAAUUGCAGCUAGCUGGUAACGCAACGUCGGGAUCGUGGCUUACAGAGAUCCGAAACUCCAAUUUUGUUUUCUCCUCCUGCUCCUUUCCUAGCCGAAAUCAUUGAGGAGGAUUUAGUUUAAAGGCUGCGCAAAUCUUGCUACAAAACAGAACAUUUAUUUGGUUUCUAGUGGUAUAAGUAAGGGAAAGCGAGAUGACCCGACCAGAGCUGCAAGCGCCGCCAGAGAUAUUCUACAAUGACACAGAAGCUCGCAAGUAUACGACUUCUUCCAGAAUCAUCGAAAUCCAGGCUAAAAUUUCGGAGAGAGCACUGGAACUACUCAAUCUUCCAAAUGAUGGUGUCCCUCGUCUUUUGCUUGAUAUAGGCUGUGGAUCAGGGCUUAGUGGUGAAACUUUAUCUGAGAAUGGGCACCAUUGGAUUGGCUUUGAUAUAUCUCAAUCAAUGUUGGAUGUUGCAUUAGACCGUGAAGUAGAAGGUGACUUGCUGCUUUCUGACAUGGGUCAGGGUGUUGGUUUGAGGCCUAGCGUAAUUGAUGGAGCUAUAAGUAUCUCUGCAAUUCAGUGGUUGUGUUAUGCUGACAACUCCUCUCAUGAACCAGUUGCGAGAUUGAAAGCUUUUUUUGGGUCAUUGUAUCGGUGCUUAACAAGGGGUGCAAGAGCAGUUCUGCAACUUUAUUCUGAAAAUAUGAAUCAGAGUGAGAUGAUUAUGAAAGCUGCCAUGCGUGCUGGUUUUGCUGGUGGAGUGGUAGUUGAUUUUCCUCACAGUACGAAAGCUAGGAAGGCUUACCUUGUUCUAACUUGCGGACCAGCUUCCAUGCAAACAUCCCUUCCAAAAGGCAAAGCUGAAGAUGGAGAAUCAUGCAGUGAUGACGAUGAAAGUGACGAUGAUGAUGAACAAACGGUUGGUAUAUAUGAUAGACAUCGACCAGCAAAAAGGUCUAAAAUAGCUAAGAUGGGCAAAGGGAAAGGCAAAGGCAAAGCUUGGGUGCUUAAAAAGAAGAACCAAAUGAGGAACAAAGGAUACUCUGUCCCUCCAGAUACCAAAUACACAGCCCGGAAGAGGAAGGAUCGCUUCUAAAUGCUUUCAGAAGCGAGUUUAAAUCAUCAGCAGUGUUUUACUGUAAUUUUUUCUUUUACUCGGUAUUUAUUUGAUGACGCUUUCUCCUGUUUAUGGCACAUUUGUUGGAAUUUUUUUUUUAUAA